GUUGGCUUGAAGUGACCAGCUGCUUGCAGCACGAACCCGACAAUAGCCACUCUCUCACUGUGCUGUUAAGGCUUAUGUCGGACUCAGAUCCAUCGCCUCCACCUCCGCCGUACGAGGUCGAUAACCCAACGUCGAGCACGUUCGCGCACACAACGCCAGUUGAGGCUCUCAAUGAGUCGUCAAGCGUCCGCAGAAUUAACCAGAAACUCGCGAACGUGGACGGGCUCGGCAUAUCCGAGGAUGGCAAAGUCGUCAUACCACCAACGCUCGAGCGCGCCUACUCGAGACUGUUGUUUCCGCCGUCGUACGUAGUUGUUGGCGUGUAUCGGCUGUGCACCGACAAAUCCCUCUACGUCCCGGCGUGGAAGAAAUGCAAACAUGGGGUUGUCAGAGGAGGAGUGGUCGGAACUAUUUGGGCUCUAUUCACGUUCAACAUCCAACGCAAAUUCAUUGAACUAUUCCUCAUUCACUCUCCGCGCGUCACCGGAUUGUCUGAAGAGACCGUCUUUGGUUACCGAAUGCCAUUCAGUCUACCGACAUACGCCGCCGUAUUCUUCCUCUCGUCUCAGGUUACUGCCAUCCUAACCUUCUUCCUGUCACGCAACAUCCGAAUCGCUCGUGAGCGGGUAUGGGAACAGACCGUCGCAAGCCGCGGCAAGGGAAAAGAUUUCUGGCAGCCGUACACCGAGGAAUGGUUACGGCCGCCUCAACCGAACCCGAAACCGUUCUGGUCUCUGGAUAGAUGGUUCGGGAGCUUUAUCGCAAGGAUGAUCGUGAGGCGAGUGCUCCUUGCGCCGCUGAACUUUGUCCCCUUCGUCGGCAUCUUCAUAUCCGCGUGGUUCAAGGCUCUGGGUACCGCCACAUAUCUGCAUAAGCCCUACUUUUCUGCAAAGAAGAUGACUCAUGAGCAAUGUGCCAUAUUCGUGGAGGAACGUAAGUGGGAGUACCGCUCGUUCGGAUUCGCCGCCGCCUUACUUGAAUCCAUCCCCCUCGUCGGACUUGUAUUCACUAUCUCGAAUCGUAUCGGGGCAGCCAUGUGGGCUCACGACCUAGAGAAGAACCAGCAUUAUAUCGCCUCCGAGCGCGCGAAAGGCCAUGUGAUCGAUGGUCAAAGUUUAGCACGUGGCGGAGCUCUUUUCACUCCCACUGAGAAGCAGCGCAAGCAUCUCGAGGGCAUAUCGAUGACGGAUGUUGACAUCCCAGGUGACUACGUGGGGUCGUAGAGUAUUUGACGAACAUGGGCUUGCAUUCUUGUACUCUACAUCGUACAACGUCGUAUUCUAC